GCUGUGAUCUAAACCAAUCAACCACCAUGUUCCGUCAUACUAGAGGUCAUCGGGGCCUCAUUCCCGCAGUGACAAAACGAUUCAAGAGUACAACAACAACAACAACAACAACAAGCCAGGGACCAGAGAGACAACCACUUCAGUCAAUCCUGAUCGCAAACAGAGGAGAAAUCGCACUUCGAGUUGGCAAAACAGCUGCUCAGUAUGGCAUCAGGACUACAACUCUUUACACAGAUCCAGACGCACAUAGUCAACACGCAUUAAGCUCNCCCUUUGCUAUCAAUCUCAGCGAUCCCAGUCAAUAUCUCAAUGGCGAUCGAAUCAUCCAAACUGCCCGCGAUCAUGGAUGUCAAGCCAUUCAUCCUGGUUACGGCUUCCUCAGUGAAAAUGCAGAUUUCGCCAAAAAGUGCACUGAUGCAGGCCUCAAGUUUAUCGGCCCUCCAUGGAAAGCUAUCGAAGCUAUGGGCGACAAGAGUCGAUCCAAGGAUAUCAUGACUUCGGCUGGCGUUCCCUGCAUUCCCGGCUAUCAUGGUACAAAUCAGGAUCCCGACUUCCUCAAACACCAAGCAGCGCGGAUCGGGUACCCUGUCUUGCUGAAGGCUGUCAAAGGUGGAGGUGGUAAAGGCAUGCGUAUCUCUAGAUCUCCUGACGACUUCCUGGAUCAAUUGGCCUCUGCGAAAUCUGAAGCCAUGAGUUCUUUCGGUGACGACGUCAUGCUUGUCGAGAAGUACAUCACCACACCACGCCAUAUCGAAGUCCAAGUCUUUGCAGACAAACAUGGAAAUUGUGUCGCGUUGGGCGAGAGAGAUUGCAGUAUCCAGAGAAGACAUCAAAAGAUUCUUGAAGAGUCACCAGCACCUCACCUGGAUGAAGCCCUACGACAAGACCUUUGGGACAAGGCUCGAUCUGCCGCUCUUGCUGUUGCUUAUGAAGGUGCUGGUACGGUCGAAUUCAUCUUCGACAAUGAUUCGGGUGAAUUUUUCUUCAUGGAGAUGAACACCCGUCUACAAGUAGAGCACCCCGUUACUGAGAUGGUGACUGGUGAGGAUCUGGUACAUUGGCAGAUCCUUAUCGCGGAAGGAGGCAAGUUGCCACUAACUCAGGAAGAAGUGCACGAGAGAAUUAAGGCUCGUGGUCACGCAAUUGAAGCCCACUCUGGCAAGCUGCUGCACCUACGAACCCCCGACAUCACGGACACCGUACGAAUUGAUGCAGGAUUUGCUGUUGGAGAUGAAGUCACAUCACAUUAUGAUCCAAUGAUUGCCAAACUCAUCAUUCAGGGCCCAGAUAGACACGCAGCGUUACAGAAGAUGAAGACCGCCCUCGAAGAAUACGAAAUCGCGGGACCAAUCACCAACAUCGAAUUCGUCAAACGUAUGUGCGUCAGUCCUAAAUUCGUCGCUGGCGAGGUCGAAACCGGCUAUAUCGAGAAGAACAAGGAAGAGUUGUUCCGCAGGGUCGAAGUCCCGGACGAAGCCUGGUCGCAAGCAGCUAUAGGCUUGUACAUUGCCGAGCAAGGNACUAGCGGCGAUGAAACCGUGUUGUCUUCUCAGACCAUCGGUUUCAAUACUGGACUAUCUGGCCCAAGAACUUUCGACCUUGUAGAGAUUCCAGCAGAUGGCAACACCAGUAGUGCUUCAUCUGUCACUGCACGUGUCCAGCAUGUCGGUCCGCACACUUUCUCUGUCUCAAUCGGAGGUAAACAAGCUUUACAAGUCACCAGCAAGCUCGAUUCCACCAGCAACAUCCUCCAAUCGUUCUAUCCUCACACCAGGCUCGAGACAAGAGUCAUUCGAGACCCGGAAACCAACAACCUUAUCCUCUUCCAACAAGGACGGCAAUACCGACUACAACUCGCAGUGCCUAGAUGGGCCGAGAAAGCUUUGGGCAUGAAAGAUGUAGCAAAUAGUGUGCUGGCACCCAUGCCUUGCAAAGUCCUUCGUGUUGAAGUAGAAGAGGGUGCGACGGUUACCAAGAACCAGGCGCUUGUUGUGAUCGAGAGUAUGAAGAUGGAGACAGUCAUCAGGGCACCGCACGACGGUAUCAUUGCGAAAAUCGUUCACAAGGCUGGAGAUUUGUGCAAAGCUGGUACGGCUUUGGUGGAGUUCGCCGGUGAGGAGGAAGCAAAGGCA